AACUUGGAAUUAAUUUUGAUCAUAUAUGGCAGAAAACGUUGACAGUGCUAAACCCGAUGAAGCCAGCAGAUGGCAGCAUCAUGAACGAAACAGAUCUCACAGGACCCAUUCUUUUCUGUGUGGCCCUGGGAGCCACGAUGCUUAUGGCAGGAAAAGCCCAGUUUGGUUAUGUAUAUGGCAUGAGUGCCAUUGGCUGUCUUGUGAUUCACACCUUACUAAACUUGAUGAGUUCUGCAGGGGUGUCAUAUGGCUGUGUGGCCAGUGUGCUGGGAUAUUGUUUGCUGCCCAUGGUCAUCUUGUCCAGCUGUGCCAUCUUCUUUUCAUUGCAGGGCACCCUUGGAACUGUGACAGCCCUGCUCAUCAUCACCUGGUGCAGUCUCUCAGCUUCUAAGAUCUUCAUUUCAGCCUUGGCCAUGGAAGGACAACAGCUUCUUGUUGCUUACCCCUGUGCCUUAUUUUACGGACUGUUUGCCCUUUUGACAGUUUUCUGAAGACUGUCUGAUGUGGCUUUGCUACAUCCCACUUGCUUGCUGUUCAGAUUUUUCUGGAAGUGCAUUAGCACUCAAAUUCAGCACGAUAACUUCUGUUUUAUUGCUGUUGAGUGAAUAUUAAGCAGAGAGACAAAACAGCACUCAAGGAUAGUGCUCUAAUAGCCUGUUUGGUGGGGAUGAUGUUUUGAGUUUUCAGCUUGGAGCAUUAAAACACUUAAAAUAUUUUGAAAUAUUAAGAGAUACAGUCUCUGUGCUGAUAGAUGCUGCUUUUUCUCAUCUCAAUAGACAUGUUUCUGAGAAACUGAAAGUAAA